UCCCUCCUCACUAUCCGCAGUCCUGUCGGCGAGCUCCAUGCGGCAGCAGAGCGGUGGCUUUGUUUACCUAUUUCGGACUUUUUGACAGUUUUUACUGGUUGAACAUUCUGAAAGUCGUUUCCAUCAGUCGCAACGAUUUAAUCGACGGCUGUCGUGAUGAGCUUCGAGUACCAGAAACUCCAGCACCGCGCGGAAGUUGCGGAGCAUGAAAUAAAAAACUUGGAAGAUAAAUUACAGUAUCUGAGGACGGAAUUGAACAAAAAUGUGAGUGACUUGGAGCUUCCUGCCCACACUGCCGUAGCAGGGCUGCCUGACGAAUUAGCUCAACUUAUCACGGACAACAUCAAACUGAAGAUGCGCUCAGCUGUCUUGAAACGGGCCAUAGAGGAAGAAGAAAAGUCAGGCAAAAGAAAACCGGAGAUGCGUGAACCUGUUGUGGGAUCCAGCAUUUUGAAUGCGCUUGAGAAAUAUUUUGCGGUGGCAGUGCAACGAGCAUACCCUGAACUUCCUGAUGCCCCUGUUAUCAUCUCUCUCUCAGGCAAUUCCAAAUUUGGAGAUUACCAAUGCAACUCUGCAAUGCCUAUCACCCAACUGUUGAAGGCCAAAGGUGAAAAGGCAAAUCCUCGCGAGGUGGCACAGAAGCUGAUGGAUUCAGUUCCACCUUUCUCUUGGGUUGAGAAACUUGAAAUUGCUGGGCCAGGCUUCAUUAACAUUUCAUUGAGCCGCUCUGUGGGACAUCGUGCCUUGAAGGAUCUCCUUGAGAACGGUGUUCAUCCGCCACCUGUUGAUCGCAAAAUCACUGUGCUUGUCGACUUUCCCUCUCCAAAUAUUGCCAAGGAUAUGCAUGUGGGUCAUCUCAGGGCUGCAAUUAUUGGAGAAAGUGUGAGUCGCUUAUUUGAAUUUGUGGGUCACAAAGUGUUGCGAGUCAAUCAUCUUGGAGACUGGGGCACACAAUUUGGAAUGCUGAUCACUCAUCUUCAGGACAUUUAUCCGGAUUAUCAAACAAAAUCUCCACCCAUCAGUGACCUUCAGACAUUCUACAAGGAAUCAAAAAAGAGGUUUGAUGAAGAUGCUGAGUUUAAAAAGAGAUCUUAUGAAUCUGUGGUGAAACUCCAAAGUUUUGACCCUGUAUACAACAAAGCUUGGCAGCUAAUUUGUGACGUUUCUCGCAAAGAGUUCCAAAAGAUUUAUGACCGGUUGGACCUAACAUCAACUGAGAUAGGAGAAUCCUUCUACCAAAGUCGAAUGGAACAGGUUGUGAAGGAGCUUGAAGAAAAGGGACUGCUGGAAGAAGAUGAAGGCCGAAAAGUUAUGUUUGGGCGCUCAGAUCGAAUUCCCUUUACCAUAGUGAAGUCGGACGGAGGCUUCACUUAUGACACUUCAGACAUGGCAACAAUUAAGUACCGAAUCCAUGAACAGAAGGCUGAUUGGAUCAUCUAUGUUGUGGAUGCUGGUCAAUCGACGCACUUCGAAGUAUUGGAAGCCUGUGCUGUAAAGGCUGGUAUACUGGACCCGAAAAAAGUCCGAAUGGACCAUGUACAAUUUGGUGUAGUUCUUGGAGAAGACAAAAAGAAAUUCAAAACUCGAUCUGGAGAGACUGUGAAACUUGCAGCAUUGCUCGAUGAAGGACUAAAACGUGCUGGUGAUAAACUGAAAGAGAAAGGUCGAGACCAAGUUCUAACACCAGAGGAGUUGAGGGUUGCUCAAGAAGCAGUAGCCUAUGGAUGUAUCAAGUAUGCCGACCUUUCUCACAAUCGGACCCAUGAAUAUAUUUUCUCAUUUGACAAGAUGUUGGAGGACAAGGGAAACACAGCCGUCUAUCUCCUUUACAUGUUGACAAGGAUAAGAUCCAUUGGACGCUUGGCUGGCUUCACUCCUGAGGCUCUGAAGGAAUCUGCCAAAAACACUCCUGUCUCACUUGAUCAUGAAAAAGAAUGGAAUUUAGCUAAAGUAAUUCUCAGGUUCCCUGAAACACUUGAAAAAAUCAUGCGGGAUCUUCUGCUCCAUCAUCUUUGUGAAUAUUUGUAUGAUGUAUCAACUGCUUUCUCAGAAUUCUAUGACAACUGCUACUGUGUGGAAAAGAAUCCCAAGGGUGAAAUUAUCUCGGUGAACGUUGGUAGACUAUUGCUUUGUGAAGUAACAGCAUCGGUGAUGGAAAAGUGCUUCCAAAUUCUUGGCAUUCGAACUGUCUCAAAGAUGUGAAAUCAGCUGUGAUUCUUAGAACUAAUUUAUGAUGAAUAAUAAUAAUAGCAAUAAAGAGGUCUAAACUAAUUUA